AUGGGUCGGAGUAGAUCCUCGUCUGACCAAUGGGGGUGGAUCCGACUGUUCGACCAGCUGAAGCGCCUGAAGUGGCUGGCACUCGUCGUCGCCGCUCUCGUCCUCAUGUCUUGCGGCCUGCGGGACCGGCAGACGCUCGUCCGUGAGCAUGACGUGAGUCAAUCAAUCCUCGCCUCAUUUCUCCCAAUUAUCUUUGUCCACUCUCCCAUCUCGUCACCGGUUUUAGAUUGAUUAUCUUCUUUCCAUGUUUUAGGUUUUCGGCCUUCACUUUCGCCGAUUGCAGAAAUUUCGAAGAAAAACGCUCUCGAUCUAUGUAUGCUCAAUGUCGUACUUCUCGGUAUGCUAACGUUGCGUAUACUACACGACUGAUCUUCGAUCGAUGCUCUGCCGAUUCUUGGGAGAAAUCACCACUUUUAUCAAUAUAAUGUCCUUCUCUAUAGCCGCAAGUAAUACCUACCAUUCAUGCUAUUGCAUAUUGAACUCGGUUUGCUGCUUGCUACGCAGGAAGAAAUUUCAAGAUUGAAUGUUGAACUGUCGUCCCUGCAAAAUAAGGUACGCGAGCCUUUUCCAGUCUUGAAGAAAUUCACCCUGAUUUUAUAUCAUACAAAAGAAACCAUCGGGAGAUGCAGUUUGGGUUUUCCUAGGAAGAUUCAUUCGCUUCCACCUGUAAAACAAAUAUAAUUAGCAUGCGGAUUAAUAAGUAUCUCUAAGAUUUUAAUGAUUCGCCAUAUGCAUGUAGGUGCGAAAAUUGAGGGCUUUCUCAUGGGAUGCUUAUGGGAGAAUUGUUGAAAAAUCACGAAAGGUUGCGGCGUUUGACGAGGAUAUUUAUGUUGAACGAAGAGAAAAGGUGAAAGAAGCUAUGCUUCAUGCGUGGAACUCCUAUGUUAAGUAUGCUUGGGGCCAAGAUGAACUUCAGGUUCGCUGAGGCUUGUUCUGCCAUGUUUUCUCAAAUGAAGAAGUUUAUUCCCUAGAAUGCUUUCGGCUUUCAUCCAAAUAUGUCGUGCUUUCUUCUGGCCAGCCGCAGUCUAUGGAUGGAGUAAACAGCUUCGGUGGUCUUGGAGCAACCAUUGUCGACUCGCUUGAUACUCUUUACAUUAUGGGCCUACAUGAUGAGUUUCAGAAGGCUAGAGAGUAAGUCUCAUAAAAUUCACCUAGCCUAGUCAAAUCCUAUCCUAUGGAAACUUGGGAUUUGUGAAAAUUAGGCCCAUGAUAACCUGAUUAUUUCUGAUUAGUUGAUUCUGAACCAGAAUCGUGCCAAAUCGUCACUACCUUAUCUCAGUACGCUCUCUGAUUUCAGUUAUUAAUCCUGUAAGCAUAAUGAAAAUAAUUAAGUGGAGUUUUAGUCAGUAUGUGUUCUCUCAGUGUGACUUAAAAGCAAUAUGGAUCGUGUUCAAUGGCGUGUGUUUGUUACUUAGAAGCAAGGUGCCACUGUUGUUCUCUCCCACUAAGGUGGUCCGUUCCUUGGAUUCAUGCUUAGGUGGUGUCUAACGCUACACAACAAUGGUACUAAUAUGGCAAUAAAAAAGUAAUCAACCUUUAGAUCAGGGUGCGAUUCAAGACAGGGGACUCAUAAAUGCAGCAAGACAAUAGUUUUCAGACAAGUUGACCCUAUAACCAACUCAAAACCCAAAAUAUUGACCUGUAGGUGGCGUCUAACGUUACUUAGGCAGACGCCAUGACAAACACGUCGAGUAGGAAGGGCUGACCCUUGCGUAUGCCAACCUUAGGUUGAAUAUUGUUACAUUUGAGUAAGACAGUUUCUGCAAGCAGUAUCUUGCUGUAUUCAUAGUCCGCUCGCUUGAAUAUGCUGCCAGACCGCAAGUUUUAUUAUUUUUUAUUUCCAUAUUGUUGCCAGUGAUGUAAUGAAACCAUAUUUUGGUUUAGAUAUCUGUCAAAUCCCGGAGGAAGAUGGCUACAAGUUCUUUAUGCAAGAAACAUUUCACUCUCUGCAUAGGAAAUGGUCUCAAGAGCCAUAGAAUCAUAGUAGUCUGUAUUUAAGAUGACAUUAGCCUUGUUAUUUAUACUAUUGCUCUCUGGAACUACUUGUUAUCUGUUGCUGCUGGGCAGGUGGGUUGUAACCUCCUUGGAUUUCAACCGGGACUAUGAAGCUAGCGUCUUUGAGACUACCAUAAGGUUGUGAUUUGAGGUUAAGUUUAUAUGUUUAUUUCAUAUCUUAUAACAUGAUUGGUGGGCUUCUCUGGUAUAUCAGUUUUUCUUCUUUUAGACACUUCAUAAAUACCUUUUUGAUCGAAAACCUUGACAACCCUUCGUUUUAGCUUGCUAGGUUGCUGGCAUGGGUGACACGUCAUAAAAUCAUAAAACAUUUGCCACAUAAACGUGUGCCUGCUGAUAGAAAACUUUGGCCCAUUUUUUUAUCGAGUUCAACUGAAUUCCAGGGUUGUUGGUGGUCUCUUAAGCGCAUACGAUCUCUCUGAAGACAAGAUUUUUCUUGAGAAGGCUCAGAAUAUUGCAGAUAGGCUGCUUCCUGCAUGGGAUACACCUUCCGGAAUCCCCUAUAACGUGAUCAAUUUGUCACAUGGAAAUGCAAAGAAUUAUGAUUGGGCGGGGAUAACAUUCUCUUCUUUGCUUCCUUUUGUGGUCUUUAGUUGCCUUCACAAUCAAAUUGUUUACUCUUUUAUCUGGUAUUAAUACCUGCCUUGGCUAUCAAAAUAUUUGAAAUGUCGUGAGAAAUGGAGCGUUAAGCACUUCAGAUUGGAAUGAGGAAUGUUAUACUGGAACUUUUACCAAUUUUGAUGCGUUCAUAGUUGUAUUUAUGAAUCUUGGGACAUUUUUUAUUUUUUUCGGAAAAUAUCUAAAUAUAAAUAAUCUACUUACGAUUUGGAAAGGACUUCUAAAGUCAAUGAUCUAGAUUUUAAAAAUUGACGAUUUCAGUCUGGAGACUUAAAAUCUUUCCCACCAUGUAUUUAAAGCUGGAAAAGCAGCUCUCAUUUUCAUCCUUGAUCGGAUUGGAAGCUAGAAAUUUCUGUUUAAGCAUUGUCCUUUCAAACAAUUAAUAUAAUGAUGUGAAAAAUAAAUAAAAAUAGAGAAUAUGAGUCAAGAGUUUUAGGUUAUUUCCGUCUCUGAAUUCAAAUGCCCCAUAUUUGAUUGUAAAUUCUUUUGCAGAUAUUCUAAAAGUAGAGCCGUUUGGUAACUAGGCAAUUAUGGUAGGGAAAAAGAGAGAGUUGUGCAUUCUUUUGUUGGUUCUUCUGAGCAUAGACUUUCCUUUAGUGCAUUAUGAUCAAUGAUGGAGUGAGCUUAGCGACCUUUAAAUAUACAUACUCGGAAAAGCAUAGAAAAGUUUAGAAACUUUUGAAAUGAAACUUAUGGCUUCCUUUAUUGGGCUUAUUCUUAUUUUAAUUUUGGAUUUACUUAGCAUUAAGAGGUGAUAGAAUUAUUCGAUGCAUGGAGGCUCUUAAUCAUUUUCAUGCCAGGGAGAGAUGAGUGGGAGUACCAAAUGAAAGAGCUGAGCACAGCUGAUCGGUCGAAAAUUUCCUGUCUUUGCUAAGACCAGCUUGCUCACUGAUAACUUUGUAGUGGGCCAUUUUUUUCUAAUUUUUUUUUUCAAAUUUAGUGGCUACCCUCUAAAACAGAACCACCUCAAAAAUGUUCUGUCGCUUCAUGAUAUGUUCAUAGAUGCCUAAAAAUGUUUUUCGUUCGAUAAUACAACUCUGAAAAGUUCGUUGAGGAUAAGGCUGAAAAGUCCUAUGAAAAGUUUUCUGGGUGUAUAACGCUGACUCUUGAGGAUCUUAUCAUAUGAUGACUGUAUACAAUGCCAAAACUCCUCAUGCUUCCCUAGAAAUACGGAUUAGUGGGCCACCAUCAUCUCCCUUCCCAGCUUUCCUUGAAAACAAUUCAUUGAAUCAGUCUUAUAUGUGCCUUAUGGAAUGGCGAGAAGCUCUCAUCAUAAAGUCUCGGUCGGAUUGUAUCUUUUUCCCGGUCAGAGAUAGCAAAAUGUAUUGGCUUGAAUGAAAAAGUUGUUUGACUUUGAACAAAUAGUCAGCAUAAUGGAGCUCAUGGUGCCCCUGAGAAUCAGCACGACUCAUAUGGGACUCGAUACCAAGCGUAGUUUAUUCUGAUCAUGAAGGCUUUGGUAGAAAAUAUAAGAAGCCAUUGCAUGGCAAGUUGCGGUGAAGGGGACGAACUUGGAAGAAAACAUAGAUAUAUAAUGGAUCGCUUUUGUAUCAACGUGAAAGUCUUUCCUCGUCUUUAAUGUGUUUUUCCCUUCAAAAGUUUGAAUUAAUUUUCACCUAUCAUUUCCAAGAAAAUUUUCACAGAACAUAGCAUAACUUUUAAUUUUUCCUCACAAUGUUUUACACAUUGUGCAUUUUUAUUUUAUCAGGGUGAUAGUAUACUGGCAGAUUCUGGCACCGAACAGCUUGAAUUUAUUGCUUUAUCCCAGAGGACAAGAGAUCCGAAAUACCAGCAGAAGGUAGUUCUUUUCACCAAUUGGUGUUUGUUAUUAUUUGUUUAUGACGUUUUCUUAUUGCUAUUUCCUGGGGAAAUGCCUCUUAUAAUUUCUUACAUGCUACAUUAGAAAAAUUAUUCAGCAUGGCCACUGACUGAGGAAAUUUUAUACAGAUAUCCUCUAUCUACACUAGAUUAGUUUUAGUUUCAGGUUAGAUUUCUGUUUCUGCAUUGGUGGGAGGAAAAGAAAACCCUCUUCAGACGAGAAAGAGGCGAGCGAGGAAUUUGAUAUGCCACAGGAAGGUCUUUGGUUAUGUCACAACCACCAAUUUCAGUGCAGUAAACCUGGGAAUCUCUCUCCUGUCAUCUUCCUUCUGGAUUGAAUGUGAGACGAGAAUUUCCAACCAGAGUCCACACCUCUCUGUCUCCUGCUGCUCGGGCCUUCUUCGUUGUCCCCUAACUCCUCCUCCUCCCAUGCCUUCCUCUCCUUGGCCUCUCAGUGGGUUUAUUCCAGAGGAGAUACCAGGAACCAGAAAAAAAGUAGAAAAAUAAGGGAAGUAAAUGGUCCAUGAAGAUGAAAUUGGUGCUGGAGUUAUUAUCCCUUGGAACCCUCUCACUUUCAUCAUUCUCGUCUUGUCACCUGGGCCAUUGUCAUCACCAUGUGAUCCCACACCUCCACUGGGCUCAGGUGAAGUCUUACGCUCUCUUUCUUUCUGAAUUAUCUUCCACACGAACCUGAGAGCCAUCUGUAACUGCGGAUGACUAUGUUGCUUUGGCCUUCGUGGAACCCUCAAGGUUUCCUCAAUUGAGGGCGUCCUACUCCUAUUCAUUAUAUACCCUGGAUCCUUGGAAUACCUCUGAAGCCUAACCCAUCUACGCUGUCUCAAUUCCUGAUGAGUCACCUAAACCUCCUUCCUAAGAUCUGAACUUAUAAAUUGCCUCCAGCUUUCAUCUGAGCCAGCUUUCUUUGGCUGGGCUACCCAGACAGCACAAACCUGACACCAGUCACAACAUGAUACAAGCGGAGAGGAAGAAAUCGAACUAGAAAUUGGUCCAGAAUUCAUCACGCUCUAGUGGUAAAAUUUCUGAUUAACCUCAAAAAGGGUUUUUUGGAAGAUUUCUCUCAGUAUACAUUACCAAGGAAAAGUUUCUGUCAAAUAUGCGUGUGAAGCAGGGAAUGAAAAUUGAAAUACAGAGACGUCUGCUGAUGGGUUGCGUGGGAAUGAGUUGAAACAGAAGGAAAGUGUGAGUUUGAGAAAAUAUCAAAUAAGGAAGAAACUAGAAAAUGAUGCGUCAUUUUCCCUUAAACUAGGAAGUUGUAAGAUGAAGCGAUUGACAAAAAGCGGUUUCCUAGAGUAGAAUCUGAGGUGCUUUAUUUUUUUGGAUAUUUCUCGUAUUUUUUGGAUCUAUUUAGUCAAAUCUUUGCCUACUCCAACGAGUACCAAGGGACUUGAUAUGUGAACCCUUUUCUACGAGAAAGAUAGAAAAAGGAUCCGGAGGCCUCGCAGAAGCAAUGGGUACAGGUGGAAUGGAAGCUUUUUAUAUCACGCACAGAUCAAAAUCUCCAAGCUUCUAUGUGAUCUAGAUCGGAUUGAUGGAAAAUUAAAAGUUGACUCAUGACAGUAAGAUGAUUUCAAAUGGGUUGUUUAAAUCAGCUAGGAAAACUGCCUUGGUAGAUCACUCCUGCCCUUUCAAUUAAUUUUAGUGCAUAUAACACUAACACGGUUGGUGCCUUGAUUCAUUUCGAGCUAGAACCAUCUACUAUCAAGGUGGAUUCCUGCUCUUCUCCCUUAUCUGCUUCUGCGACCGAUUAAUAAUAUAUCCUGUGAUGGAUGCUUACCAUGUUCUCUUUAGGUAGAAAAGGUUAUCAUGGAACUCCGGAAAAAUUACCCCAGUGAUGGCUUGCUCCCCAUAUACAUCGAUUCUGAUUCGGGAACCCCAUCUUACCGGUCAACGAUCACGUUUGGUGCCAUGGGUGAUAGGUACUGAGAACUUUUCUGCCCUUUUCUAUCGAUUCCUCUUGUUGUUCUGAAGAUAAAUCGACCUCUGUGUGGCGUUUCCUCGUCAGUUUCUUCAAUCUUCAACUUCUCUGGUCCCUAGAUUCCUUUGGAUCUUUGAUGUUAUCUCCUUCGUUUUGAAGCUGCUUGAAAUGGUAGUGAUCAAUCCUCUGCGUUUACUUCGUGCUUUUUAUAAGAACAACCCCCCGUUGACUUUUCCCUUAUUAUUGGAGAGAGCCUCUAAAAUGAGGGCUGUGUUCCAGCUUUUACGAGUACCUGCUCAAAGUCUGGAUACAAGGAAACAAAACCGAGGCUGUGAGACACUACAGGUACGGAUCCGAGGAUCUUAUCUAUCUCCAUCGAUCAUCAUCCGCGAAUUUGUUUCGUCGCUUAGUGUGAUUAUUUAUGAGGAAGUCAACGUCUGAUGAAUGAUCAGCAAAAUCGAUCAUGGGCUGCUUGGAGACUGCGAUUUAAUGGCUGAUAUUUUGGUGAACAGAGGGAUGUGGGAAACGUCGAUGCAGGGCCUCCUCAGCCUGGUUCGCAGGAGCACGCCUUCUUCUUUGUCCUACAUCUGCGAGAAAACCGAGGAUUCUCUCGAGGAGAAAGUGGGUUCCUUUCCUUCCUGACUCGCUCAUCUGCCGCAGCUAACGUUUCUCGUGUUCUACCCAUCGUCCCUCCAGAUGGAUGAACUGGCCUGCUUCGUUCCAGGGAUGCUGGCCCUCGGAUCUGGCGGCUACGGCCCACAAGACGCCAGAAGGUUUCUCUCUCUAGCCGAAGAGGUAAUCUCUCCUGCAUUACUUUCUCUCUCUGCGGAUCGGGAUCAUCUUCCUGAUGGGAUUCGGCUCCACGCGCAGCUCGUAUGGACCUGCUACAACUUCUACCGGUCAACGCCGACCCAGCUGGCCGGAGAGAACUACUACUUCUAUUCCGGGGAGGUCGUCGAUCCCGAAGAACAUUCCCCUUUGAGAUGUUUCUUUCUCUCUCAUGGUUCUGUGGACGCGUUUCUUCAGGACAUGAGCGUCGGGACUGCCUGGAACAUCCAGCGGCCGGAGACCGUCGAGUCGUUGAUGUAUCUCUGGCGGGUCACGGGCAACAGCACGUACCGAGAGUGGGGGUGGAAUAUCUUCCAGGCGUUCGAGAAGAACUCCCGCGUUGACUCCGGCUACGUGGGAUUGAGAGACGUAAGCGUUGACCACCCCUCAAAACUCUUAAGGCUGACUGUCCCCUUUCAGCUAAAAAGAAAGGCGAGUGGGUUCUUCUGGCUGGGUUCACCGUUGCUGCUUGGCUCUGUUCAGGUGAAGACGGGGGAGAAGGACGACAAGAUGCAGAGCUUCUUCCUCGCGGAGACGCUCAAGUAUCUGUAUCUCUUGUUCUCUCCACCCACGGUUAUCUCCUUGGACGAGUGGGUCUUUAACACAGAAGCCCAUCCCCUGAGAAUUAUACCGAGAGGCGAUGGGAUAGUCUCUCGUUGA